UUCUUGGUAUCUUUUUUUGUAAUAAUAAUAUAAUAAAAAGAAAAAUGAUAACAGUAUUGCGUGUGCCACUGUAAUAAUGAAAAAAGUUGCGGGUCAUAAUUAGCUACAGUAUCAACUUGUUUUUCGAUCGUUUGUUUUACUCCAUCGGUAAUGAAUGUGCUGCAUAAUAUGUUUUCAAUUUUUUUAAACAUAGAGUAACAGGUUUAAUCAACUUCUUGUUAUUCAUUUUGCCCACGGAAAUUUCGCAGUUGCGAUUUAACGAUGAGAGAUAAAUUCGGGAUCAGCAAUUCAGCGAUGUCGUCGGACGUGCUCGAAACGGUCUCAGCGAAUAUACCAUCAGAAACAUUUCCGGAUAAUCCUCCAAAGCUUGAACCACGACUGGAAAUUGACAAUGAAAUCCUGUCCCCCGAAAAUACAGUGACGCAACAAAAAUGCGGAUGGUUUUGGCUGAGGCCGAACUGUCUGCAAAAGUUCCGCACAGCUAAAUGGGCACUUUUUUGGCUUUGUUGGGCUGGUGCAGUGCAAGGAAUGGUGGUUAACGGCUUCGUCAACGUUGUCAUUACAACGAUAGAGCGAAAGUUCGGGCUUAGGUCUUCUGAAACGGGGCUUAUAGCCGGUGGAUAUGACAUCGCUAGUUUCCUGCUUCUUGUUCCCAUCACUUACCUAGGCGGACGUUCAAACGCCUCAAAGCCCAGGUAUAUUGGAAUCGGUGUCCUCGUUCUGAGUCUAGGAUGCUUGUUAUUUGCAUCGCCACAUUUCUUAGUCGGUCCCUACAGAGCGGGUCGUCAAAAUGAGAAUCUCUGCCAACGAGUUACGAAUACUUCAGCGCUGCAAAUGACGACAUGCGACAGUGCAUCCGAGGAAACCGACAUGGAAGCUCCGCGUGGUUUGUACCUGGCCAUCUUCUUGCUCGCUCAGCUGUUACACGGGGCUGGAGCUGCACCACUUUUUACUCUUGGAGUAACUUACAUCGAUGAAAAUGUCUCCAAGAAAAUGUCGUCGGUUUACCUCGGCAUUUACUACACCAUGGCUAUACUCGGACCAGCCUUGGGUUACGUCAUUGGAGGAGAAUUACUCAAAAUUUAUACCGACUUCCUUGUCAUCGACCCAGCUUCGGUGGGCAUGACGCCGGAUAGUAACGUCUGGAUAGGUGCAUGGUGGAUCGGUUUCCUGGCAGCAGGAUUGAUAUCCUUGGUAAUAGCUAUUCCUCUCUUGGCUUUUCCGCCAAGUCUACCAGGAUCGAAAGAGCUGGCGAAGGAACGAGUUUCCGAAGCGCACGUGUGUAAAUCUAGUACACCUUCAUCUGCAGAAGCUGGUGAAGAGGAGGUUUUCACAAAACUUAAGGAGCUGCCUAAAGCUUUGACGGCUCUCCUUAAGAACCCGGCAUUUUUUAUGCUAAACUUGGCUGGGGCAAGCGAAGGACUUCUCAUUGCUGGGUUCGCCGCCUUUCUACCCAAGCUUAUUGAAAAUCAGUUCAGCGUCACUGCCAGUUCGGCGGCUUUGCUUAUGGGAUUAGUCACGGUCCCAGCUGGAGGUGGAGGUACCUUCCUUGGCGGCUACCUGGUGAAGCACUGGAACCUCCAAUGCGCUGGCAUCUUGAAGUUCUGUCUGAUCGCCACGGCGGGUUGCAUCGUUUUCACGAUGUGCUUCGCUCUGAGUUGUUCAAACCUAGACUUUGCUGGAGUGACGGUGCCCUACCACAACACGGCUAGGAAGCCGCUGUCUCUGGAAAGCAGCUGCAACAUGGGAUGCGGAUGUUCGAAAUCAGAAUUUGACCCGCUUUGCGGUGCUGACGGAAUUACGUAUUAUUCGCCGUGCCACGCCGGGUGCCACGAUGAAAUGCCGAUCAAUGACUUGAAAAUUUACAACAAUUGUAAUUGCAUCCACGGCCCGCCAGCGAAUCUCUCGAUAUCUGGCGGUUCUGGGCACGUGACUUACGAGGCAAUAAACACAACGUGCCCUAGUACUUGUGGCCAUCUAUGGCCCUUCGUGAUACUCGCUUUCUGCAACAUGUUUCUGACAUUCCUCUGCACUAUGCCGGCCCUGUCAUCGACGCUCAGAGUUGUCCACGACGAGGAACGGUCAUUUGCCCUGGGCAUACAGUGGAUCAAGGUUCGAGUCCUCGGAACCAUACCAGCCCCCAUGAUUUUCGGUACCCUAAUCGACGAGACUUGCAUCCUUUGGCAUGAGUCGUGCGAGGGCAGAGGGGCUUGCCUCGUUUACGACAAUCGCUACAUGAGUCGGUACAUGUUAGCUCUGGCGUUCAUAGGGAAAGCAGCGUCACUUUUAUUUUUUUUUAUGGCAUGGUGGUUCUAUGUACCGCCAGGAGGAGGAAGAAUUACUACGGAUAAUAGGCAGGAGACCGUUUCAACUGUGGCGCUGAGCGAACCGAUCGAAGUUGUGCAGCUAUCACAUCAGAAAAUUUCGUCGGCGAUAGAAUCGUAAUGGUUAUAAUAUUGACAACGAUUUUAUAUAAUAUUAGAAAUUCGUAAAUGUUUUGCCAAAAAACAGAAAUGUUAAGAAAUGAAGAUUUCAAUUCUUUUUAUACAUAUUAAAUAAUUUUAUAUAACUCCACUAUUAUAUAUAUAGGUAUAUUAUGUGUGUAAAUUAUUAUUCUUAUUGUUAACGCAUGAUCUCCGAAAUGAUUCGUAACUGUAAAAUAGAAUUGUAGAUCGACAUAAUAUGUUGCUCAUUGAUGUGUGGAAAAUAACGAAUUAUUGGAUAUCUAUCUCUAAUGCGCAUAGGUAUCCCACACCUAUACAUAAGUAUAUAGUAUUAUGAUGUAUAAUGAUUCAUACUGUUUGGAUACCGGUAUUUCGAUGAUAACUCAGACACAAAACUCUACGAAUUUCGAGUAAAAUAUUUAUUGCUGCUCAAAAACGUGCAGAAAC